GUUUGUUUCAUGUGUUGUUCUUUCCCUUGCUACAAGGAGUUUCUCCAGGUUCUCCAGUUUCCUCCCUCCUUAAAAAUCAACAUAUCGAAACUACUUGAGCUGAGCCCACAUGACACAGGGCUGCGGUGAAUCCCAUGAGUAUAAAGGAAUCCAAGAUGGCGCAGUUCUUGGGGACAGUGAUCGGAACAAAAAUGGACAAAACUGCUAAGGUUUUGGUCACUAGGAUGGUCUUACAUCCCGUUAUUAAAAAGUAUUGGAAUAAAAGGAAGGUCUACUUUGCACAUGACGAGGAAAAUGAAUGCACAAGAGGAGAUCUUGUUAGAAUCAAAGAAUGUAGACCCUUGAGCAAGAUGAAGUCAUUUCAUGUUGAAGAAAUUGUGGAAAAAGCACAAAAAGUUGUUGAUCCAGAAACAGGAGAGGUUAAAAUCCAAGAUAAUAGAGAAUAACUUGCCAAGAUGUUUAUCAUUAAAGAGACAUACUUAAUGCCUGACUUGAUGAAGAAAAGARAAGGAAACAAUAUGAUAAACAAUGUUCUGAGAUAGCACCGAUUUUAUACAAGUCAGUGAAGAUUUGCAAGGCAUGGCAUUGACUGUAAUCAAGGAUAUAUGCAGGAUUUUCCAUAAUGUAAUUAAUUCCCUCUGCCCUAAAAGACUUGCGUGUUUUUGGAAGAUGUUUACAGACACAUUAAGAUCUUUCUGGAUAAAUACUUAGUCAUUAUACAACUGAAUACAUCUGUUGCACACAGCAUGCAUGGUUAUGAUUAAUCAUACACGAAAUAGGAUUAAAUAUCUGCUCUGCAAAAAUGAAUGGCUUAUUAUUAUUAUAUUUGAGUUUUGUACAAAAUAAAGCAUUUUCUCUGACAUAAAUCGUAUC